GGAGCUAAUUGAGUAAUCGUCUGCAGGGAGCGGCCCCCGGUGAUUGGUUUAUUGGAGGCACAUGACUCCCCGCUAUAUAACGCCCAGCACGGCGCUCUGGUUGGCAGCAGUACUGUGAGGUUGGUUAUUAGGCUCCUUGAACAAUCCAGAAUGAAGUGCUCCUCCAACGCUGUGAACAAAAUGGAAGCUGGCAGCCGGAGAUCUGCAGGGAAGAAAAGCCGCACAAAGUCCAAGAACUACUCCAGAUUCAUCUACAAGGUUUUAAAACAGGGUCCUCAGGGGCGGGACAUCUGUUUGGCCAAAGAAUCUGAGCUGAUGGUGUCCAUAGCAUCUGAAGCUGCCAGGCUGUCCAUGUAUAACCACAGGAGAACCAUCACCAGACUGGAGGUGGAGUCUGCUGUGAAGAACAUUGUGUCCUUGGGACCUUCCACCCGUCCCCUCCCUGGAUCUGCAGCCACAGACUGAAGCUUUUGUCAUUAUUUUAUUUAUUUUGCUAAUAAAAAUU